AUGUCUGCUGCACCUGCACGCAUCUUCUCCUCCUCCUCCUCCGUGGAGCCUCUUCUCCUUGCAACUUCGCCGGCGGCAGCGGGAAACAACAGCCGGCAAGGCCGCCACAGUGGCGAUUCCGUCGGCCGCCUUUCGGCAGCGGCGGCGGUGGCCAACACGCUGCUGCUCCGAAACGACUUUGACCUCCAGGAGGGCCUGACAGACGUCCAAAAGAUUCUCCAUCAACGUCAGAAGAAUGCCCGGGAGAUGAUGGUCACCAUCGAUAACCUCAAGCGCCUCUGCAUCGACCACUACUUUGAGGAAGAGAUCGAGAGCGCCAUGAGUACUUGCAUGGAUCUCAUCCACAGCGAUGAUCUCUUCGAUGCAACGCUUGCAUUCAGGCUCCUGAGAGAGGGAGGCCAUGAUGUUUCAGCAACAGAUGAUGUCUUACGGAGGUUCACUGAUGACAGCGGUGAAUUCAAGCUUCCUCUUAGCAAGGACGUCAGAGGGCUCUUGAGCCUGCAUGAUAUGUCUCACCUGGACAUUGGAGGAGAGGUGUUGCUCUACAAGGCAAAAGAGUUCUCAAGCAAGCACCUUGCAUCUGCCAUUAGGUACUUGGAACCAAGCCUUGCAGAGUAUGUGAGACAGUCCCUGGACCACCCCUACCACCUAAGCCUAAUGCAGUACAAAGCUAGGCAUCACCUCACCUACCUACAGAGCCUGCCCAUCAGAGACAUUGUAGUGGAGAAACUAGCAGUUGCAGAGUUUCAGCUCAACAAAUUACUGCAUCAGCAAGAAAUUCAAGAGGUUAACAGAUGGUGGAUGGACCUAGGAUUGGUUAAAGAAAUACCUGUGGUGCGGGACCAGGUGCUGAAAUGGUACAUGUGGUCCAUGACAGCCCUCCAAGGAUGUUCCUUCUCCAGAUACCGGGUUGAGAUCACAAAAAUAAUCGCGCUAGUCUAUGUUGUGGAUGACAUAUUUGACCUUGUUGGCACACCAGAGGAGCUCUCCCUCUUCACGGAGGCGGUCAAAGUGUGGAAUACGGCGGUUGCUGAUUCACUCCCCAGUUACAUGAGAUCAUGCUACAGGGCUCUUUACACCAUUACAAAUGAGAUCGCAGAUAUGGCUGCAAAGGAGCAUGGACUGAACCCUGUUAAUCAUCUCAGGAAAGCGUGGGCAGUGUUGUUUGAUGGAUUCAUGGUUGAGGCAAAAUGGCUAGCAACCGAUCAGGUUCCUACCGCAGAGGACUACCUGAGAAAUGGUGUAGUCACAUCAGGAGUGCCGCUUACAAUUGUACACAUAUUCAUGAUGCUUGGGUGUGAUCAAAGGUAUGAUCAAAGUAUUGAAGCACUCACUGACCACAUUCCUUCUGUCAUCUCUUGCCCAGCCAAGAUUCUGCGACUUUGGGAUGACAUGGGCAGCGCCGAGGAUGAAGCACAGGAAGGAUUUGAUGGGUCAUACAGGGACUUCUACCUCAUGGAGAACCCUAGAUGUACCCCCAACGAUGUUGAAGCAUAUAUGCGUAGCUUGAUUGCAAGAGAGUGGGAGGAGCUCAACAGGGAGUGUUUCUGUAGGAGGACCUUCUCCUCCAGCUUCACGCGGAUCUGCUUGAAUGCUGCGAGGAUGAUCAGUGUCAUGUACUUGUACGACAAGGAAAAGAGGCUCCUUGUCCUUGAAGACUAUUCGAGGAUGCUGCUACUUUGA